UGGUACCUUGAUUUUUGUUUCCUGGACUGCCUUUAUACUUCACAUUUCAUUUUUUUCAUUGAAGCAGAUGUAAAAAUUGCAUUCUUUUAAUAGCUGGGACUGGGAGAGCCCUGUGUGUCUUCUUUCCACUUCCUCAGCCUCUUACAGUGAGUGUGAAAAGGGCUGCACUUGGGGCUCCAUGAGAUACUUCCCUGUCAUGAGCUGCUGCCAGUCCUGUUUAAAGUUAACAGCAACAACUUAUAUAACCUCAACACCUCCCAUUCAGUGCAGAUUAUUCCAGUUUAGUUAUGAAUGCACUCCCUGCAUAUUCGGGUGCUAGAAUAUCUGGUUGUUGGACUCUCAUGCCUGAUGGCAGCAGUGAAGGUGGCGCUACCUUAGACAGACUUCUACCACCAGUCAACACACCAGUGACUCGAGCUACUCGGAAAAGGACCACUAGCCAAUGCAAAUCUGAGCCACCCUUGCUACGCACAAGCAAAAGGACAAUAUACACAGCAGGAAGGCCACCAUGGUACAAUGAGCAUGGUACACAAUCCAAAGAGGCAUUCAUAAUUGGCUUAUGUGGUGGAAGUGCUUCCGGAAAGACAACUGUUGCCAGGAAGAUUAUUGAAGCCUUGGAUGUUCCAUGGGUUGUCCUUCUGUCCAUGGACUCCUUUUACAAGGUACUCACAGAUGAGCAGCAGGUACUGGCAGCUAGCCAUGACUUUAACUUUGACCACCCUGACGCCUUUGACUUUGACUUGAUCAGGUCCACAUUAUGGAAGCUAAAGCAGGGCAAGAGUGUCAAGAUCCCAGUGUACAACUUCACCACACACUCCAGAGAGAAGGAAUGGAAGACUGUUUAUGGUGCCAGUGUGAUUAUAUUUGAAGGGAUAAUGGCCUUUGCAGAUAAAGAACUACUAAAGCUUGUGGACAUGAAGAUUUUUGUUGAUACAGAUUCAGACAUUAGGUUGGUACGACGCUUAAGAAGAGAUAUUUCUGAGCGGGGUCGUGAUAUUGAAGGUGUCAUCAAACAGUACAACAAAUUUGUGAAGCCAGCUUUUGAACAAUACAUCGAGCCAACUAUGCGCUUAGCAGAUAUUGUAGUACCUAGAGGUGGAGGGAAUAUGGUGGCGAUUGAUCUAAUCGUGCAACAUGUCCACAGUCAGCUGGAAGAGAGGAAGCUACGCUGGGAUAUGGCAGCACUUGCCUCCGCCCACAAGUUCCAGCCGCUACCAGAAACACUGAGUGUACUGAAGAGCACUCCUCAAGUGAAAGGAAUGCAUACCAUCAUCAGAGAUAAAGAUACAAACCGUGAUGAGUUCAUCUUCUACUCAAAGCGACUAAUGAGGCUGUUGUUCGAACAUGCUCUGUCCUUCCUAUCUUUUAAGACCUGCACAGUUCAGACUCCUCAGGGACAAGAUUAUAGAGGCCGAAUGUUUGGAGGAAAAAGGAUAACUGGUGUGUCUAUUCUAAGAGCAGGUGAGACAAUGGAGCCAGCACUGAGAGCAGUAUGCAAGGAUGUCAGGAUUGGAAAAAUCCUUAUCCAGACCAACCAGGACACUGGUGAACCAGAGCUACACUAUCUGCGAUUACCCAAGGAUAUCAGUGAGGAUCAUGUAAUCCUAAUGGACUGCACAGUGUCGACGGGAGCAGCUGCCUUGAUGGCUAUAAGAGUAUUACUGGAUCAUGAUGUUCAAGAGGAUAAAAUCUUUCUGGUCUCCCUGCUAAUGGCAGAAAUGGGUGUUCACUCAGUGGCAUAUGCCUUCCCACAAGUGAAGAUCAUAACGACAGCUGUAGACAAGAAAGUCAAUAAUUUGUUUCAUAUUAUUCCUGGAAUAGGAAACUUUGGGGAUCGAUAUUUUGGAACAGAUGCCCCCGCAGACUGGAGUGAUGAUGAUUAUUGUAAUAAAGAUGAUGAUGAUGAAGAAUAUGUUCCAGCAAUGUGAAAGAGAGAGAUAGAGACUUUUCUGAGAUCUGCAAUGAAAGAAUAGCCCAGGACAGAGAUGGCCACAGUAGGCACUUAGUACAGAAAAGACCUGGGAGAGUUUGGCACUGACAAACAAAACUCAAGAGCAAGAUAAAACAAAAUAGUAUUCUAUUAAGAGUUAUGUGUUUUUAUAAAGAUGGGCCCAAUUUGAGUUCUGUAUAGAAACUUGUAUUUUCAGUUUGCUAGAAAAGUUUUUCCCAAACCAUUCCUUUCUGCCAUUAUCUUUUGUACCACCUACUGUACCCCCUUGUUUCCUGCCUGCUGUGUUAGUUCAUUUUUCUGACUGUUUAUUUUUUUACCGUGCACUUCUUUACGGAUGUUUUAAAUUAAUUUUUACUAUUUUUAAGAAAAUUUAAAUAAUAAGCAAUCACAUUAUUAAAAAAAGAUUAUCAAGUAAGUACUAACACGUUUGUCAUGAAACGAAAUGAUGAAAAGCCAUGCUAAACGACCAGUUAAUUGUUCAGCAAAGCAAAAUGACUGUGCAGUAAUUUUCUUUGUUUCCUUUAUGGCACAUUUCAAACUUGGUGAUGCAGCACUUUACACUGUCCUAACUCUGUCAGUGCUUAUUUUUCUUAUCUGGAUCACCACUUUUACUAGUCUUUUGCACUCUGCCAGUCAAGUGUUCUCUUAAUUACCCUUGAAGCAAGGCUUUUGGGAACCUUGUUUGCUACUCCUUAAACAGAGCCACCUGGGAAUCCAGUACAGUUUUCCUUAAAGUACCCUAGAGUGAGACAGGGAGCCCCCUGACUGGUAUCCAGCUGAACAUUCCCUGAAUCCACCUUGGAAUAGAACUGUAGGGCAGCGUUGUAUACACUAUGUUGAAGCCCGUGUGGAGAGUUUCCUGGCAGAGGCAUGAUAUUUGAUAUAGGAAAGGUGCUACUCUCAUACUGCAGCUAGCCAAAAUUAGAGUUGGCAGUCCCCCAUUCCCCUAAUCAGUCACAGUCCCUCAGACUACACAGUAAAGUCUGCUCACAGACUCAUGCAUCUCCUUAUUAACCAUUACUUCCACUGAUUGUGCAGUUGCUUGAGGUAUACAGCAACUCCAAG